AUUACGCUCCUGAAGGAUUUUCAACAUUACAGUUGUGGAGAAUAUUAUACUCUUUGUUAUAGUUCCAGUUUAUAUAGUUGAAAUAUGUACUCUUUGGUUGAGAUCAUUGUGUUCGUACUUUACACGAUGCUGAAUUGUCAUUUCUGUUUAUUGUUUCCGUGUUGGGGAGCGUUGGGGUUGGGGAGGAGUUAGCCGAGUUAGCGUGGCGUGUACACUGUGUGUUCGGAGUGUGCCGCACUCCCUGAAUUUUGGAGAGACUUUAAUAUUAAUUAAUAUUUUAUUAUUAAUGAUUACAUGUUAUUCACUAAAAUCAGUAAUGGCACUUACUGUUUAUUCGAAAAUCAUAUUUUGGUUAUAAUGAAGCCAGUGUUGUUUUAACUAACCUCAAUUACAUUGAUUGUGAACUCCAGUUGUCAAUUUAAAAUUGCUUUUGAGAACGCUGCUGGUAUGUUCACUAAACAGCUUGUGUCACAUCAAGAAACUGAUUUUGCACCUCGUCAGUACUUUCAAGAUGUUGAGUGUAAGAGUUAAUUCAUUUAGUGAAAACAAUUUGGGAGAACCAGAACAGGAUGCAAACUCUGCCUUGACUGAAUUGGACAAGGGACUCCGAUCUGGACGUGUUGGAGAGCAAUGUGAAGCCAUUGUUAGAUUUCCACGUCUUUUUGAAAAAUAUCCAUUUCCAAUUCUCAUCAAUUCAUCCCUCCUAAAACUUGCUGAUGUCUUUAGAGAACAACUUUUUGCGAGUUUGGGUCUUGCGAGUAUGCCAGCAGAGUGAAAAGCAUUUAGACAAAAUUUUAAAUGUUGACGAAUUUGUGAGAAGAAUAUUUAGCGUCAUUCAUUCCAAUGACCCUGUUGCUCGGGCAUUGACACUUCGUACACUGGGGAGUGUUGCUGGCAUAAUUCCUGAACGUCAGCAGGUACAUCACAGUAUAAGACGUAGUCUUGAUUCUCAUGAUACUGUGGAAGUAGAAGCAGCUAUAUAUGCUGCACGUCAAUUUGCAGCUCAGUCAAAACUGUUUGCUGUCAGUAUGUGCAAUAAAAUUUCAGACAUGAUUCAAGGCCUUGCAACACCAGCCCACAUGAAAUUGCAAUUAAUUCCAAUUUUACAAUAUAUGCAUCAUGAUUCAUCAACGGCCGCAUUGGUUCGUAAGCUCUGUACUGAACUGUUACCCAGUUAUCCAGCUCAAGAAUUUGUCUUAGUUACUUUAAAUUCAUUGACUCAUCUUGCAUCUGCAACAUUAGUAGAUAUUCCUGAUCAAGUGUCUCUUUUGCUGAAAUACCUGCGUACUGACCCUCGAUGGGAAGUAAAGGGCCAAGUGUUAAAAAAUCUACAUCAUUUGGCAGGACAAGGGGCUCACUUAUGGCCUCAGGGUGCUGUAGAGGCAAUUGUUGAUGUGGCUAUGAAUACAUCUUAUCAAAAGAUGUUGAAUUGGUCUCUUGAUGUUCUUUUGGUUUUGGUCAAAUCAGCUUCUACAUGCCAUUCACAGUCUAGUGAAGAUUCUCCAGUCAUGCAGCUUUGUAGCGAAAGCUGUUAUUCCAGUAACCCUGUUAUUGCAUCUAAAGCAGUGAAAGUGAUGACCAGUAUAGUACGUUAUAGUUUCAAGGAAGGACUUCCAGUGCAUGGCCUAGAACAAGUGGUAGAUACUGUAGAAUCACUGUUUCUGUUAGUUACCUGCAGAACAGAUCAUUCUUUUAAGAAGGAGUUAAAAGUUUGUCUUCAGUGUGCUGUGAGCCUUUGUGAAAUGAAUCAAGAUCUAUGCCCCAACUUUGUGCAACUCAUUGGUUUACAGCUUAUGGCUACAAAUGGGCCGUGUAGUGUUCUCCUUUGUGAAGCCUUAGGUGCUAUUGGUGGACUUCAAGCUGGAACAUUAUUGAUUUUACUUCCGGAAAUAUUAAAAAAACUGAAAGAACUGUGUGAAGUUCAGUCGCCAAGCCCAGAACAGACUCAUACUAAGGUCAUGCUGUGCACACUUGUAUUUCAAACAAUGUGUGAAUAUGAAUGGACACCUGAAAUCAAACACUUUCUGGAAUUGGUGAUUGAAAAAACCAAUUUAUGGGCUAACUACAGAAUAGCUCGCUCUGCAGCUCGAUAUGGUCAUCAUUCUAUUUCUCAUGUCAUUCUGUCUCAAUUGAAAGAGCAAGUUUCUUCUGAACAUCUUCACUUUUGGUUGGUUUCACUGGAAGAUUUGAGUAAAGGAGAAGCAGAAUUAUUGAACAAUAGCUUACACAGAUCAACAUUAGUACAUCGUCUUAAUACAGCUGUUUCACACUAUAGUAAGGCUGUGGCGGCUUUGAAGGCCGCUAGUACUCCUGCACAAACUCUCCAGUUUCAGUCUGAAUACACUCGUUUACGCGGAGAAUUCUUGCAGUGUUUAGCUCAGCUUGUCCACACUUGUCACAGUUUGUGCACAGCUCCUCCACCUGCUGUUGCUCAAUCUCUAGCAGAGAGCUCCAGGGAUCAGUUACAACGAUAUGGACAUAUUGCAAAUCAAUUAAGAAAGUGUGUAAAGGAGUUCCGAGCUUGCGCAGACAUGUACUGGAAAUUAUAUCAAUCUGCAUUUGAUGCUGAUCCUGCAUCAUUAACAAAUAUUCAGCUCCUACAACAAAUGUGUUUACUAAUGGCUCAAAGUAUAGAACGUGUUGUUCAAGCUGGUUACCAGGAGGCGGCCAUUCUAGAUUUCAGUUCUCAGCACUCAAGUUUAGAAACUCAGCAUCUCAUUAAAUCUUGCCAGGAAGCUAGCACUGUUGCCCUUCAGUUAACAAGAACAGAUGAAAAGACCAUAACUCAUCAGCAUAUUGAUUGCUUGCUGAGAGAAGUGGAAAUUUUAGCAGAGUCUUCAUUAUGUGUUCCUCGAUAUUUCUUCCAAAUCCUUCAGUCUACUAGUGUGAAGUUGGCCAUCUCUCCUCAACCUCGAGUUCUUGGUGAGGCUAUUAGCGUGCAAAGUGGAUCACAACUUGCUGUGAAAGUUGAAGGUGUUAUACAGCAUGGAAAACGACCAGGCCUGUUUCGUAAAAAUGUCAAUGAUGUCGGAUCAGUAUUGACUCAGACAGUGCCACCACAUCGAGAUUUCUUUUCUGCCCAGUUCUUGUUAGCUUUUCCUACUGGUGGUCAAUAUUUAAUUAUAGUGGAAGCAGCAGUUGUUGAUGAAAAGAGUAACACAUGGCGAACUGGACCCAGAAACACACUAACUGUGAAAUCACAUGAAGAAACAAGUAAAGGUGUUUCAAACAUUGUUCCUGGAAAUGCAACAGGUAGUACUUCAGGAAGUGGGAGAACAACAUAUUCUGCUUCGUCACGAUUCUGAUUGGAAGCUUGCCAUAAUGGAAAGCAAAUACUAAAGUGAAAGGUGAAUAUAUGAAAGUACAAACAAAAUACUUGAAAGGAUGCCUGUCUCUUUAGCAGGCACAAUUGUGCAGAUGUAUGGUGAUAAUAUUUGUGCGAGCAAAGAAUUAGAAACACUACAAGUGUUGAUACAGAACAAUAUUGAUUUUUCAAUACUUUUCUGGCAUUGAUUGUGAUUCUCAGGAGAUUUAGAAGAUGACAGUCAUAUUUUAGUUCCAAGUGAGUGAAAUGUCAUUGAACUGUAUAUAAUUUUCUUAUUACAAUAAUUAUAUGAGGCUAAUAUUUGACGUGAUUUUGUAGUGUGUUCUCUUGUUCAUAUCUUGUGGAAUCUAUAGAUAGUAUACUAUGAUUCAUUAGGCUACGCACACAAGGUAUGGCUCAUCCAGAAACUAAGCAUCAUUGGUGAGAAAUGAUAUUGUAGCAGACUUUUCCUCAAAGUCUUACAUAAGUAGUAAAUUAGAACAAAUUUUAAAAAAUGUAACAUGAUGAGAAUCACCACUCUAAAUUCCUCGAUUUUAAUUAAUUGUAUUCCAAAUUAACAUUAUGAAAAUCCUUCUUUAAAACUGUCAAUUACUACUUCUUUCAUGUUCUGAAAACACAUGAAUUGUUAAUUUGGAUGACAAUGAGUGAUUUUAUAAAAUUAAAAAAAAUCUAGAAUAACUGUUGCAAGUUAGAAAUUCAAAGGUUAUAAGUUCACAUUAACAUUUGGCCUAGGGAGAUAAGUCCUUGGGCUCUCAUCCUAAUAUAAAAAUAACUAUUAUGGAAGUGAAAUAAAUUUUCAAAAACAAACCAAUAUCACAUGAGGUGGUACAAAUUAACGUAGUUUUUUGUGCAACACAUAACAAGUGUAAAUUAGUUUAAAAAAUACAAAUAAUGAAUAAUACAUAUACAUCUCAUUGUUACUUCCAUGGACAAAAGUUGCAUGAAACUACCCCCACAAAUUCUUGAUGUUUCAUUUCAGUUAUCCUUUAUUCUGAGGAUAAUUGAAAUGAAAAGAUCGCAAAUAAUGCAUUAGCAUCAGAGUGUGUCGUAGGUAUCCAACUUCUCUUUAAUGUAAUGGCUGUAGUAAUAAUUUAUGCUCAUUAUACAAAGGCCUGUAUUGUACAUGAAACUGACUGAGACUUAACAUAUAUGUUGAAAGCUACACGUUUCAAAUGCACCAUUGUUUUGACACACUUAUUCAAAUUAUUCAAGUGCUGCUCUAACUUAUAUUUGUCCUCAUUGAAGUCCAUAUUGCCCACAUGGCUGAGGAAUAGAACACCACUGAAUUGUCAUCCAUGAAAAACUUUUCUAAACAAAGGUAAGGAUUAAGUGCCUCACAAUUUUUUUCAGAACAUUUAUAUUGAUAAUGUGUGACAAUUAGCAACUAAAAGUAGUCUAGCUUUCCCUAAACAAUGGCUACUUUUGCAUGCCUUGGAAUAUUUCAUUGGUUUCUGGCAGCAAAUAUAUUUUAAUGGGCGAGGGGAAAGACAGUACUAGUUCAGAAAGUUCGUUCUGAAGUAAUUUAAGUUAUAACCUUUGAUUAGAUAAGACAAAAAACUGUUGAGCUUCUUACUCCAGAAUGUUUUAUCAAGUCUCAUGAAUAUGUUCUGAGGAAUAAUUCCAAUAAAAACCUUAUUAAUAAAGUGUUAUAAUUUAAACAAACUGUGGACUUGUACUGUUUUUCAUCAGAACAAAGUUUUAUUAAACAAAUUUAUAAAAUAACAAUCUACCAUGAAAAUACCACAUUUUAUUGUUGUAUGAGUGCAUUUAAGUAAUAUAACUUGGGGCCAUCCAAAUUUCAAGUAGAGCUCAUAUAUUAUUACCUUUUCCUUU